CUUCCCUGCAGCGCCGAGAAAACCGUCCUCAUCGCAGCAAGUGUUCUUCGCUGCCCGACACUACGCAGCCUGAGGCUGCCAUCCAUGGUUUGCACUGAGUGCUGUGGAAGUGGCCAUUAUAGCAGGGAUCGGGAUGCACACGCUGUGCCGGAAGGCUCCCAUUGGAUGGCACCUAUGCUCGAAGCUGUCAGAAACAUAUACUGCGGGCUCCGCAACCUCCGUAUCGACCUCAGUGACUUCUACGGGGACGAGUGUCACGCAUUUUUCAGAGCAGUGCGCGACAACCGCAGCCUUCGUUGCGUGGCAGUGCGCCACCUUCCCGAUGACGAAGUGUCCCAUCUUCGUACGAUCCGAGAGCUCGGCUUAAGCGGCAGAGUCAUCAUCGAGGACAACCACUAAACGAAUACCAUUAUCGGAUGACCAAGUAUUCGCUGUCUCACUGCGCGCAAAUUCGAAGCGUGACGAUUGACAGGUCACAUUACGCGGGCAUUGGAGAAACAGACCUCGAGCCACUGAGAGUGGGUCUCGUCGAUCUCGCCCGGUGGAGUCACGUGAGGUCAGUGAGCUUACGCUGCAUCAAGUUCAACCGGCCGACGUUCGACGCCCUGGCCGAUUACCUGCGGGCGUCGCUCUCGCUCACGGACGUCGAGAUCGACGUGCUCGAAUUCCAGUCUGUCUGGAUAAGCGACGGACAGAUGUCGGAAGAGUACUGGACCGAAGUGCGCAGUCGGAUCACGGCGGCGCUGGUGGCGUUGCCCAAGCUCAAGACACUGCGUGUCAUCGACUUGGACCUAUCCUCGACAAACCUGCGCACCCUGCUGGAAAGAGCUGGUAAAACUCGAAUACUCACCGAGUUCCACCGAAAUCCGAGCUGCAGCUACGAGCCGCAGUACAAACUCUUGGAUAAGCAGCUUAUGCACAGUGACCCGGCCGAUACCAGCGUUUUCACACUCGACGAUUGCUGUUCGCGGCAUGCUGACCAACGGGCGCAUGACGCGGAGAAGCAGAUGCUAGCUGCUCUCCAGGGGUCCGCUUCGUCGUCGAAGGUUCCUGCAACAAAGACUUCGAUGCUUGGAGACGCGUGGAGCUCUUCCACGACGACACCGGUUUCCUCAAACUGGUGGGCGAGGCUGCAGACUGUGGACGAGAACGAGGCGAGGAAGAUGGUGGGCCGCGCGCUGAAGGCCGUGCGCAACUGCGAUGUCCACACCUUCAUGCGGGCGGCGUGAUUUGUGCGCGACAGCGUGGAGUGCAUUCCCCAGCACGGAACUCAGCUGUCGAAUUUUAACAUCUGCUGUUGGCUUCAUGUACGAAGCUACUUGAACUUGGUAGGCAUCGUGGAUGAUUGAUGACAGUGCCACCACCAAGAAGCUCAAUCUUCUGUAGCCCCAGCUCAAGUGGAGCCACAAUCCCCACUCCGACACCAAUGUCUUCGGAGUACAUCGCGGAAACUGACUUUGUGAGCAUUAGCCGGUGACGGGAUCCGAGAUAUGAGACCUCAACAGUCCACGAGCGUGGGCAGCAGGGUCCUCGU